ACAGAUACAUACAAAUAAUUGAGAACCGCCACUUGGUGCACACAUCCACUACCUUCUCUCUCUUCUUCUCUCUAUCAAUUGGUGCACCGAUAAAGCAAGAACACGGUAAAGUUUCACACUUUUCCCCCAUUUCCAUUUGCUUCUCAUCUGGGUCACACGGGAAAACAAUUGAGAUGGAAGACAGGGAGAAUUGACUUGAACUGCAAGAUAGUCCAAGGAGAAGAAGAACGACAAGAUUGGAUUUUUUUUGCAGUAGAGAAUAGGAGUGGUUGUUGAUGAUGGAGUCUUCGAAGGCUCUGCGGUUCAUAACACACCAAUCGUUGUUCUCGACCGUUCGAUCUGGAGACCUUGAUGAGCUGAAGAAGCUGGUGGAGCAGCUGAGAAAGGAAGAGUCUUGUUCUUGUGCUUCAGAUGCAUCAUCUUCAUCGAUUUCUGACGUGAUGUCCCUUCAGAACGAUGCUGGUUCUUCAAUUGGGUAUAUAAUAUAUUCACCUUGGAAUAACUUUUCUUAUUGUUAUAAUCUGAAGGACGUGUUCAGCUUCUUGCUCAAACUCUGUGACUUCGAGAUAGUGAAGAUCAGGUCCAAGUCUGACAUGAACGCCUUUCAUGUUGCAGCCAAGCGUGGUCAUCUUGAUAUUGUGAGGGAGUUUUUGAGUACUUGGCCAGAGCUUUGUAAGUUAUCUGACUCAUCAAACACCAGCCCGCUAUAUUCGGCUGCUGUUCAAGAUCAUCUGGAUGUGGUCAAUGCUAUCUUGGAAGUCGACGCCAGUUCCAUGAUGAUAGUUAGGAAAAAUGGGAAAACUUCCCUGCACAAUGCUGCUAGGUAUGGUAUGGUUCGAAUUGUGAAAGUUCUUAUUGCCCGGGAUCCAGCAAUAGUCUCCAUCAAAGAUAAAAAAGGUCAAACUGCACUUCACAUGGCUGUCAAAGGACAGUGUAGUGCAGUGGUGGAGGAGAUAUUACAAGCUGAUCCAACUAUACUGAACGAACGGGACAAGAAAGGCAAUACAGCUCUUCACAUGGCUACGAGGAAAGGCCGUGAGCAGAUUGUGACCCUUUUGCUAUGCUAUACCGCCAUGGAAGUUAACGCCAUCAAUAAGCAGCAGGAAACAGCUUUGGAUUUGGCAGAUAAGCUGCCGUAUGGAGAUCCGUCUUUGGUAAUUAAGGAAGCCCUUGCAGAGUAUGGUGCCAAGCAUGCCAGGAAUGUCGGAAAAAUAGAUGAAGCCAUGGAACUCAAAAGAACUGUCAGUGACAUAAAACAUGAGGUGCAGUCACAACUUAUACAAAAUGAAACUACUCGUAGACGAGUUUCUGGAAUUGCCAAGGAACUGAAGAAACUUCACAGGGAAGCAGUUCAGAACACCAUUAAUUCUGUCACAGUCGUAGCUGUCCUUUUUGCCUCAAUAGCAUUCCUGGCCAUAUUCAAUUUGCCUGGUCAGUAUAUAACAGGAGGAUCAGAUGCAGGGAAGGCCAAUAUUGCCAAUCGUCUCGGCUUCAAAGUUUUCUGCCUUCUGAAUUCUACAUCUCUCUUCAUCUCACUUGCAGUCGUCGUAGUUCAAAUCACUUUAGUAGCAUGGGACACAAGGGCUCAAAGGCAGGUUGUAUCAGUGGUUAACAAGCUAAUGUGGGCUGCAUGUGCUUGCACAUGUGGUGCUUUUCUUGCAAUAGCUUUUGAGGUUGUUGGAGAACACACAUGGAUGGCCUUGACCAUCACCAUUUUGGGAGUACCAAUUCUAGUUGGAACACUAGCAAGCUUGUGCUACUUUGUUUUUCGACAACAUUUUGGUGUUUUCCGCAGCGAUUCACAGAGGCGAAUCAAGAGAGCUAGCGGAAGCAAAUCUUUUUCAUGGUCGUACUCUGCAAAUAUAUCAGACUUGGACGAAUAUAAUUCCGACAUUGAAAGGAUCUAUGCUCUGUGAGAACAUACAUAGCAUCGGAUGCAACUUUUUACUGAAACUGAGGUGAAAAUGUUAGAGCAGUAGAAUGGAGUAUUCACCUGUUUUCAGAUGAAGUUUCAGGUUGUAGUAGGCUGUGCAAAUCUGUUUAAUUUGCUCAUAUCUUGAUUGUUAAGAUCAAUAAUCAGCUCUCGGAUGUAGAUUUGUGUAUAUUAUAUUAUAAGUGAUGGAAAGGAAGUGCACUAAAGUUUUAAAUUUGGAAUAAGAAAUUUCAUCAUAACACGAAAUCCAUCUAAA